CUCGCGAGACUUGGCGAAGAUUCUGCGAGAGUAGGGCUUACCUUGGCGCCUGGCCUCCGCGCGUUGGAGGGUUAUUGUUCCCUCGCGCUGGCCGUGCGGGCUGCCCCCGCUGCGGCGCUGGCGGCGCGGGCUGCCCCCGUUGUGGCGCUGGCUCCUGGGUUGGGGACACCUGGAGGGCCGAAGCGUAACCGAGACCCGUGGCUGGCCCACCGCCUCGGAGCUCGUGUCCUUUUCCUGUUUCCGUAGUGAGGGGCUUGACGCCGCCGGGCGUGGACGUCACGCAACAGUGUCGCGCGAGCGCGCGGCCGCAGAGCCCGAGGGCCGCGCGGGUGUCCGCGGCGACGCUGCGGAACCGUCUGCGGCCCGGCGGGAGCCCAGCAUCCUUCGGGGUGCUGAGCUGCCGCCGCCUGGGACUCGCAGAUACCGGGUCACACGUGGGCAUGAGCUCAGACCGCGCGCGGGCCCCUAGUUCUCGAGCUGAUUUCUACCUACCGAGUGUCUAUGUAAAACUAUGUGGGUGAGCCGAUGGUGAAGCUAUGACCGCCCUUUGUCCUUUAAAAACGAAAUAAAAUGGUAGAGCCAGAGGAAAGGGAAGAGUUAAUCAUGGAGGAGGAGGGACGCAGCUCAGUCCUUUGCCUAGAGGCCGCUGGGAAAGUGACGUCCUGUAGCAUUUGCUGUUCUAGAAAGUACGGAGACACGUAGUGAAAUGGGAGGGUCCAGAGGGAGGCCGGCUCUCUGUGGUGUCUAUUUAUCCGUAAGUGAGCUGCUGGGGAAGGAAUUGAAUAGAGACGCUGCCUGCUGCCUCCGGACAGCUGAGUCGGCUCGCGGAUUGCGUUAACUUCUAAGAUAGCCGGCUUGUUUUAUUUUCCCAGAGUCAUUGUCUUGCUAAGACUGGGGACACUCUUUUCUUUUACAAAGGGAAAGCUAAGUUCAUUUCAAGGCAUUCGAAAUGGGAAAGGACUAUUAUUGCAUUUUGGGAAUUGAAAAAGGAGCUACAGAUGAAGAUAUCAAAAAGGCUUACCGAAAACAAGCCCUCAAAUUUCAUCCGGACAAGAAUAAAUCCCCUCAAGCAGAGGAAAAAUUUAAAGAGGUCGCAGAAGCGUAUGAAGUACUGAGUGAUCCUAAAAAGAGGGAGAUCUAUGAUCAGUUUGGGGAAGAAGGGUUGAAAGGAGGAGCAGGAGGCACCGAUGGACAGGGAGGCACCUUCAGGUAUACCUUCCAUGGUGACCCUCAUGCCACAUUUGCAGCCUUUUUUGGGGGUUCCAAUCCCUUUGAAAUCUUCUUUGGAAGACGGAUGGGUGGAGGUCGAGAUUCUGAAGAAAUGGAAAUAGAUGGAGAUCCCUUCAGUGCCUUUGGAUUCAGCAUGAACGGUUAUCCAAGAGACAGGAAUUCUGUGGGACCCUCCCGUCUCAAACAAGACCCUCCCGUUAUCCAUGAACUUAGAGUGUCGCUUGAAGAGAUCUAUAGCGGCUGCACCAAGCGGAUGAAGAUUUCUCGGAAAAGAUUAAACCCUGACGGAAGGAGUUAUAGAUCCGAGGACAAAAUUCUCACCAUUGAGAUUAAAAAGGGGUGGAAAGAAGGCACCAAAAUUACUUUCCCGAGGGAAGGUGACGAAACACCAAAUAGUAUCCCAGCGGACAUUGUUUUUAUUAUUAAAGACAAAGAGCAUCCCAAAUUUAAAAGAGAUGGAUCAAAUAUAGUCUAUACCGCUAAAAUCAGUUUACGGGAGGCAUUGUGUGGCUGCUCAAUUAAUGUGCCAACGAUGGAUGGAAGAAACAUACCUAUGUCAAUCAGUGAUAUUGUGAAACCUGGGAUGAGGAGAAGAAUUAUUGGAUAUGGGCUGCCGUUUCCAAAAAACCCUGACCAACGUGGUGACCUGCUAAUAGAGUUUGAUGUGUCCUUCCCAGAUGCCAUAUCUUCAUCAUCCAAAGAGAUCCUUAGGAAGCAUCUCCCUGCCUCAUAGAAUGAGAAGAACCUUGCUACCCGUAUUUUGAUAAGACACUGAAAAUAUAAAAGGAAUGGCAGUGGACUGAUGUGACUUCUGUAUAAAGAUGUGUAAACUCUUCUGAGGGUUCAUUAAAUUGCAUGGAUAGAGACAGGUCAAAUAGGCAAAGUGGAUUUUUAUAGCAGAGCUGAAGAAAAAACCUCACUCACUGUAUUGUAUUUCAUUUCUCUCAAAUCAGAAACUUUUAGUAUUUCAUUUAUAAGUGACAGCUGGUUUUGUGGCCAGUAGCUAUACUUCUAGUAAAGUACUAGAUCACCCAAGUACUUUAUUGUGUGUGUCUUUAAAUGAGCAAUGUGAUAGACUCCCUUAGUAGAAAUUACAAUCCCUACCUGGACAUAAUAUGUGGAGGAGAAUACAAGUCGAAGUCACGUGGAAAUGCCGUCUAGGUCACCUUCAGAAUGCUCUUUUGGGCUGGUACCAGUGAAAGGAUGCACUGAUGCAUAUGCUUUACCAUUGCAACUUCUCAAGGAUGCUGUUGCGUUUCUUAAGAGCAUGGUUGUAAUGUUCUUAAAGCAGCCCUUUUCAUAAAAAGAAAAUGAGUGACAGUUCACCUCCUGGGAACCCCGUAGCCCGAGUUACUGAUGUUGUAGCAGCAGACCGUUUUUUAAUGACCACCUGUACUUUUAUGCAAGCUUGACUAAAUAUCUUGAACUGAAUACAAUACGCUCAUUUUGAUGUUCAUUAGAUUACGAUGAUUGUUUAAUAACAUUUGUUUUUAGAGAAAAUACUGUUACUUGGCAUUAAUUUUCCAUUUACAGUCUCUGCUAUAUACCUUACAUAAUUUCCCGAAGAACAGUGAGCUGCCACUGUAGGGUUAAACAGAAUAUGGACAGAAUAGGCGCUGCUGCUCCUCACGGGUCAUGUUGCUACUAGUUGUUAUGCAUAUAAAUAUCUUACUUUUUCUUGUAUAUAGAUUGUGUUUCUUAGGUGUUUUAAUUUUUUAAAUAUAUUUACAUUUAAAAAUUAUUCUGUCUUCUGUUUUAUGUCUAUCAAAAGUGAUGUGAUGAGUUAAUUUUUUUUUUCUUGUAAAACAACUUUCAGAAUGUUACAUAAACAUAUAUGGUAUACUGGGCCCUAUAACCUUUUCAGUAGAAUGUAAAGUGAUUUAGAAAUUCGGUGUAAGCGUAAGAAGCAUAUACCUUGAAAUCUUGUGGUGUUAUUGAAAUAGAGUUCUCAUAGGAUAAAAUUCAUGCUAACCUUCCUCCCUGUUUUGUUGGUGCUGGUGACCGAAUGCAGAACCUCCUGCACGGAGUGCCUCUGACAUGGAACUGUGCCAUCACCGCCAUCUGAUUCCCACGAAAAGCCUGUGCCUCUCCCCGUUCUUCCCCCUCAGCUCCUGGAACACUAAUCUGCUUUCCGUGAUGGAUCUUUCUGUCCUAAGUAUGUCAUAUAAGCAGACUCAAUCAACAUGUGGCUCUUUCAUGUGACUUCAUUCACUUAACACAACAUUGUUUUCAAGGUCCACUCUGCCCUCUGUCACUGUGUCCCUUUUCAUGGCAGAUCAUGUACUUGGGUGGAAUACCAUUUGUUUACCUCUCCAUUGGUAUUUUAGACAUUUGGGUUAUAUCUAUUCAGUGGCUUGUAUGAAUAAUGAUUCUAUGAACAUCUGUGAGCAAAUAUUUGUAUGGGCAGAACUGACUACAUUCUCUGGGGUACAUACUCGAGAGUAGAAUUGUUGAAAAUAGUUACAUACAUUAAUUGCAAAUGGAAAAUUAAAGAAUGCCAGAGAGUUGAGGUAAUCAGUGUCUCUAUGAACAGCAUGGAAAUUCUCUUACAAAUGUAAAGAGCUAAAGUCUUGGGGUAAUGGUUGUAGUUCACAUUCUAAACCCACAAUAUUUAACUAUUGGGUUGAUUGUGUUUAUUUUGUCUGUUGUGAGGUAGGGUCUUGUUGUGUAGCCCUGGCUGAUGUGGUACUCCUGUGAGGCUCGGCUGGUUUAAAGUUUAUGACAGUCUUUCUUCCUGCCUCACAGAGUGCUGGAAUGACAGGCAUGCACUGCUCACAUAUCUGCCUUGAACCAACAGUUAUUACAAUCUUAUUGAGUAAACGUUUUCUCCAAGGAAAAUAGUUUAUAAACACGAGCAAUCUUUCAGGGAAAUGUUUUUUAGUAGACAGUUAUUCCAGUAGUAAAAUAAUGUACAUAGCUAUUGGGUUUGGGGGUGUGAUUCAAUGGUAGAAUAAAAACAUAAUGCUUCAGAAUGUAAUAAGUGCCCAAUUUCUAUUUGUUAAAUGUUGAAUUAAUAGUAAUAGUAAAGUGUUAAUUUUUUCUGAUUUAAA